AUGGCUGCGGUGGAUCUAGCCAAAAGCCUCCAGGAAGAGCUGUCCUGCUCCGUCUGCAUGGAGUACUUCGUCGACCCCGUGACCCUCAGCUGCGGACACAGCUUCUGCCGUCUGUGUCUCCUCGGGUGCUGGGAGGAAGCCGAGGAGUCCUUCUCCUGUCCAGAGUGCCGUGGGGCCUGUGAGCUAAAAGAUUUCCAGACCAAUCAACGUCUGGGAAAGCUGGCAGUGAUCGGCAAGCAGCUCAGACCUCACCUACUGCAGAGUCCAGCAGAGGAGGAGCUGUGUGGGAGACACCAGCAAGCUUUGAAACUGUUCUGUCAACAGGACGAAGCCCCUAUCUAUCUAGAUCAGAUCGUUUCCAAGGAGAUCAAAAGCCGUUUUAUUUUUCAGAGCAAAUGCCAGGAGCUGCUCCAUCGCCUGUGGGAAAAAAUGGGGGAGGUUCAAACGGUGCUGGCUGCGGAGAAAAAGAAUUCAGAGAUACUAAAGGAGGAGAUGCAUAAUUGGAGAUGGAAUUUCAUGUCUGAAUUUGAGAAGAUGCACCGAUUUCUGGAUGAAGAGCUGGAUCUGCAGUUGCGGAAUCUGGAGAAGGACGAGCAGGAGAAUCUGCACAAACUGAGACAGAACGAGGAGGAUCUGAUCCAGCAGAGCGGCACUCUUCGGGCACGGAUCACUGAGCUGGAGGAGACGCUCCAGAGAAGGAGCGUCGAGCUGCUGCCGGAUGUGAGAGGAACACUGAGCAGGAGUGUGUCCGUGCUGCAGCAAUGGCCAAAGGCCACCUUCUUGGAGCUGAGUUCGUGCUGGGUGACUGGGAUGAGAGAAAUGCUCUGCAAAUAUGAAGUGGACAUUACCCUGGACCCAAACACAGCUAGUCCAUAUCUCAUCGUGUCACAGGAUCGAAGAAGUGUGAGAUUCAUCGAGACCCCACAGGAUGUGCCCGACCACCAGGACCGAUUUGACAAUUGUGCCAGUGUCCUGGGCUCCCCGGUGUUCACUUCGGGACGACACUACUGGGAGGUGGAAGUGGGAGACAAGCCAGAGUGGGAGUUGGCUGUGUGUUAUGAGUCGAGAAGCAGGAAGAGCAACGCCCCAGUUUUUCCCGGGGACAUUUUCUCCCUGAUGGCCUUCCAGUCUCCAAACCGGGGUAAUCUCUGGAUUGGUUUCCCCUUGACCCAGCUCAGUGUGAAGCACUCCAUACGCCGGUUGGGAGUUUUCUUGGAUUAUGAGGCUGGAGUCAUCUCCUUCUACAAUGUGACGGAGAAAUGUCUCAUUCACAGUUUCCUUCCUGUCCACUUCUCUGGCCCACUCCGGCCCGUCUUCUCCCCACGUCUUAUGUAUGACGGGAGGAACGAAGGACCACUAACCAUCUGCCCGACACCGAGAGACAUCGUUUCUAGACUUUCCAGAUCGCAGCCCGAGGACGACCAAGAAAUGAUCAGCAUUGCGCUGACGAGUCCAGCUCCUUCCUGGACCAUCUAUUGCUCUCCAGAGGGCCGAGUUCCCUCGCGCAGCCAGGAAAUUGAAACUCAGGAGCAGCAGCCUCAGCUCGACCAUCACAGUGAUCAGGAUCACAGCCACUGGAGAAGCGGAGACGGCGCGCAGGGCCCAGCUGAGCAGCCAUCGACCGGCAACUGCACCCGGAAAAAACGGGCGGGAAAAAAGGGCCGCGGGAAAGCGAGGGCCAGCCAGAGCGUCAAGAAGCCGCUGCGGCUGUGA